UAUAAAAUAGCUAAGCUGGCAGCAGAGCUCAGAGGAAAUAAAAAGAAAAAUAAGACUUUGAUUUGCUUAAAAACUGCAUAUUGUGAAUAGUUAUGGACAAGUUAACAACAAUCAGUGCCACGCUGUUCAUGGCUGCCGAUGUAUUUGCCAUUGUGAGUCUGGCGCUGCCCGAUUGGAUAAUUACGGAGGAGGCUGGUGAUAUCCGCCUAGGACUUAUGUGGACCUGCAUGACGUUGUACAAUCGGCCGCAAGUUUGCUAUACGCCUGACCUGCAACCGGAAUGGCUAAUAGCGCUUGUCUGCAUUUUCAUUGGGUGCAUUUGCAUCACGACGACCGUAAUACUGCUCGCUUCCAGCACUUGGGACCGCAAUGUUAUUCCAUAUGCCCGCUGGGUGGGAUUUGCGGCAAUGGUACUAUUCUGCAUGGCAGCUGUUGUCUUUCCACUCGGUUUUCACAUCGAAGAGAUUGGCGGACAAGCAUAUCAGUUGCCAAAUACGUUUAAAAUCGGCAUUUCCUAUAUAAUGUUUGUGCUGGCACUGUGGAUAACAGUUGUGUCUGAAUUAUUUGCAGGCAAAGUCUGUUUGCCCCACUUUUAAAACGUGCACCUUAACUUACGGUUCGUGUGUAUAUAGAUUUGUAAUAAUUAGCUCAUUAAGUUCAAUUUGUUUGCAGUUUUCUUCUGUGAUUUGUUAAAUGUUUUGUUUUUAUUCGUACUGCUCUUGUAUGUAUAGUUUAUGUAUAUUAUUUAACAUGUAAGCCAUAUGAACACUACAAAACCGUCUCGAAGCAACUAUAGAAAUCUCCUUAGACCUAAUCGUAUUCACUUUUGUAUUAAAAUGUACGUGUAUGUUCUUUUAAAUAUAUUUUAUACUGAUGAUUAAAAAAACA